AUGCCCGCCUUCUUCACCCCCGCCGACACCAUCGACAUACCCGCCACGCAGCGCCACACGGCGCGGCUCCUGGCGGCCGGCGUGACAGGCCUGGUGGUGCACGGGUCCAACGGCGAGGCGGUGCACCUCUCGCGGCGAGAGCGGCGCACCAUCAUCGAGGCCGUCGCUGACACGGUGCGGCACGAGACCGACUCGCUGCAUACGCCCGUGCCCGUCGUCGCGGGCUGCUCGGCGCAGUCAGUGCGCGAGACGGUCGAACUGUGCCGCGAGGCGCGCGAGUCGGGCGCCACGCACGCCCUCGUGCUGCCGCCGGGGUAUUAUCGGGGGUUGAUGGAUUCCGAAGGGGUGGUAGGUUAUUUUGAGCAGGUUGCCGAGCGCAGCCCCCUGCCACUGCUCGUGUACAACUUCCCCGCGGCGGCGAACGGGGUGGACCUGGACUCGGAUGUGCUGUUGAGGUUGGCGGGGAACCCGAGGAUUGUUGGGGUCAAGUUGACGUGUGGAAAUACGGGGAAGCUGGCGCGGUUGGUCGAGGGGGCGCCGAGGGUGAGGGGCGGCAAGGGUGAAUUCUUUGUCGGUGGCGGGAGCGCGGAUUUCAUUCUUCAGGGGUUGAUUGUGGGAGCGCAUGGGACCAUCAGUGGGUUUGCCAACCUCGCGCCCAGGGCGUGUGUGAGGAUUGGGGAGCUGUUUGGGGAAGGGCGAGUGGACGAGGCCAGGGAACUGCAGCAUGAAGUUGCCAAGGGUGACUGGCUGGCGAUUCGAUACGGGUUCCUCGGUGUCAAGGCUGCCAUGCCCAUCUUCCACGGCUCUGCAGAGGCAUCAUGCGCGGUACCAAGGUUGCCGUUCAAGCGGUUGCAGGAGGAUGGGGAAGCAGCGAGGGAGAUACGAGAAGGUAUGGCGGGAGUGUUGGAGAUCGAGAAGCGGUUGGCCGAGGGGGCUGCUGGCGAAAGUAACGAAAUCCUCGAGACUGGAAAGGAACCUGGAAUAUCCGAGUUUACAAUCCCAUGGCCCACAGUCGAGACGGUCGAGACGAUGACGUUGGUAAAGACGUUGUUGCCCAACGACAGGCUUGAGUCGCUGCCCAUCAGCAUGUCGUCCCCGGCUUCGUCGUCCCAGGGCGCGGGGAAACGAAAGCGGAACAACACGGCCAGCGCUCUCGACAUGGACCCGACACACCUCACCCAAAUCGUUGUCGAGGCGGCGGCGCAAAGGAGGAAAUAUGUCGAGAGGCAACAGAGGAUGCUGGAGAAGUACCUCCAGGACAUGAUCCGUUGGCUCAUGUUCCGAGCCGACAGCAACCGUCUCUGCCGCUUCUUCGAGCUGUCUGCCCUUGGAGUCCGGCUCGCGGCUAGGAGAGAAAGAUCGGAGCGCAUCCCUACCUUUUAUCACAACCGCAAUGUGUUUACUUGCUGCUGA